AUGUCAUAUAGGAACUCCACGACGGUCUCAGCAAAAGGUUGGUCAUUGAUGACUGCUUCUUGGGAUCUUCAAACCCUGGCAGACUCGACGAGCCUCAUGGGUUCGGUGAUUUACUGGGUACUCUUUAUAGAAUCAAUUCGGACUCGGAGUUCACGCAGCCCUCAAUGGAUAGUUGAGGUUGGUAAAGAUUGA